AAAAGGCAACAAAAUAACCUAUAAAACAAAUAGAAUUCGAUAUAAUAAUAUCGAUUAUUGUUAUAGUGAAACACAUAUAACUAUUAAGUUACAACCUUGAUUAUAAAAUCAGUGGUCAGGAUGUUAACCUAAAAGGAAAACAAAUAUACAAAUUCCUUACCAUGACCUAUCUUAAGCUUAUACGCUGUACUUUAUAUUUUAAAAAUGGUGUAAAAGACCUUUCACCAAAAUCAGUGCUAUUAAAAAUUGGUAAUGGGCAACAAACCAACAUCGCUAGAAUAUCAACAACACACCACCUUAGCAGUAAUUUACCGUUGACAAGCCAAACACAGCCCACAGUUACCAAAAAGAAAAGUAAAAAUGUUCCUCAAGAUACUAGAGUGUGGAAGGAAACUCCGACCCAUGAUGUUAAGAAUAACUUAGUCCAAUAUUGUAUGAUGCUGUCGAAGUUUCGUCUAACUUCAUUAGUAGUAAUGACAUCAAUGGCGGGCUACGCCCUAGCGCCCGCGCCGUUCGAGCUAACGACAUUUGCGCUCUGUGCGGUGGGCACAGGACUCGUCAGUUCUGCGGCAAAUUCCAUAAAUCAGUACCAUGAAGUACCAUUUGAUGCUCAGAUGUCGAGAACUAAGAAUAGGGUGCUUGUCAAGGGGCUGUUGGAGCCAGCGCACGCAAUUGGUUUCGCAGCAGUGACUAGCGCGACGGGGCUUGGUAUCCUCUAUCUAGGAGUAAAUCCUCUCACUGCGGCAUUGGGUGCAGCGAACUUGGUGCUUUAUACCUCUAUAUAUACGCCUAUGAAAAGAAUGUCAAUAUUAAAUACGUGGUUGGGAUCAGUAGUUGGUGCGAUCCCCCCUCUAAUGGGUUGGGCGGGGUGUUCAGGCUCGCUGGACAUGGGCGCGCUAGUACUCGGCAUUAUACUGUUCUCGUGGCAGUUUCCCCACUUCAACGCUCUGUCGUGGAACCUGAGGCCGGACUACUCGAGAGCGGGGUAUAGGAUGAUGGCGGUUACUGAUCCUGCGUUAUGCAGAAGAGUGGCUCUACGGCAUACGGCUGUAAUAACAGCGACGUGUCUAGCGGCGCCCUAUCUUGGUGUUACCAACAUGUGGUUUGCGGCCGAAUCUUUACCAUUAAAUAUAUACUUUUCGUACUUAGCCUGGCAAUUCUAUAAAAAAUCAGACAGUGGUAGUUCAAGAAAACUGUUCAGAUUUUCGUUAAUACAUUUACCAGCACUUAUGUUACUUAUGCUUGUCAAUAAGAAAUAUUGGAGCUCUGCUGAUACGCAGGAAAAUGAAUUACAAAAAUCGGAAGUGAAAUUACCAGAGACAAAACGAAUCACAGUGUUGCCACGUGGACCGGUUGUAGCCGCGCAAGAGGCUGAAUAUAAUGAUAAAUGAUGUUUUUCUUUUAAAACAUAGUUUAAUGAUCCAGUGAUUCUCUAAUCGCUAUAGGUUGCGACUUCCUUGAUGUUGUUUGGAUGUUAGACGUAAGAUUUGAUUUACUUUAAAAAUUCUUUUGAAAUGAUAUUUUUCAAGUCCAAUGUUUAUGCUGUCUAAAAUGUUUAUUUUAACCUUUUAACAUAGCUUUAAUUAGAGCUAUAACGAAUCCUAGUAGUUUUUAUUAUUUAUUAAUCCUGUAAUAUCAAUAGAAGUCACAGCCUAUUCCAAAUUUAUUACAAUAGUUAUUGUAUGAAUAUUUACUCAGAGCUUGCGAAAAGCACUGGAUCUUAGAAUAUAAUAGUAGACUUUUCUUUCUGUAAAUAAUGUACAAUGUCAUUUUGUGAUUUUAUUUAUAGAGCUUGUGUAAGAUAAAUCGAUCCACGAGAUUGUAAGUUAUAUUUUUUGAUGUUGUUGAUGAUACAUUGUAGUCACUUUAAUUUAUGAAUCAGGACGGCAAAUAAAAUACAGCGUUUAAUAAAUCCUUAAAUUUA